AUGCCUUGGACUUGUUGGUUAUUGGGACCAAGUAGUUUGAUGAUGUCUCCGCAGAAUUAUGUGGAUAUGUCCCACAAGUGGAAUAUCUCUGUUGCCAUUGGCGUUGUCAUCAGCUCCUGUAUAGUUUCAUUUAAUGCGGUGAGGGAGAGACGUCAAGAGCAUGCCAUGCGUCUUGACAAGCUUAUAUCAGAGGGACUUUCAAUUGAGGAACUAAUAUCAGAAGGUUUCACAAUUUCGGAACUCCGCAGUUACGGUAUUUGGCCUGAAAAAUAUUAUCCAAAGAAAUCCAAGGAAAAAAUGUAUGAUGUGGGAUUAUUCUCCAACCAUUCAGAUGAACAAAUAAAAGGAAGAAGGACGUCAUCAACGUCAUCACCAAGCGGUGUCUCUUUUUCUCCAUCCAGUGUAAAGUUCGAUCACGUGUGGGCAAGAAGUAACAGUAAUGGCAUAACAUCAGGGGAAGUGUCAAGCUCUUGUGGUGUUGAAUUUUAUACUACGAUUGGAAAUCUUACCGCAAGUAUUGUUAGUAGCUUUACGAUGGAAUCUGCUUUCUAUCGUUUCCCUGUCGAGUUGAAGCGAUACAUUCACCACGAUGGCUCGAUGUUAACACUCGUCGCGGAAGAUCUCUCUGCUACGAGGGAAAACAUCACAACAGAGGUAUACAAGAUGAAAUGUAUUGAACGGGUGCGGGCGGUGGCGGAGCAGCAGCAAACACAUUUUAAAAUACGGUAUGAUAUUCCUGCAAGUACUGUUAUAACGACCAUUAUGGAAUGUUUCGUGAAUAUUUCCACAGGACCUGCAUCGAUGGUUACUGCCGUAUUUUUUUUAGUACAGGACCAUAUGGGUUAUAUUAUUCAACUUCAAACGCAUGUAGACGAUUAUGAAGCCCGUCUCGCCGAUAUUUGUCGAACUUUGCAGAGUGCUAAAAUAGCGCCCAUUCCCCGUCAGCCCGUUGGACAGCAAGAACAUGCCUUGCUGUCGGGCAUGCGAGGAGAGGUAUUUCUUGUUUCUCUUCCCCUACACUUCAUAGUAACUCGCACAACAAUAGGUAACACUCUUGCAUUAUGUUACCGUCAUUCAGAUGAAUGGUCAGGCCAAAUCCUCACGUGGGAGCCGGAACUGAAAAGUGAACAAAAAGAACACGACGAUGAGGUGUAUGUGUUAAUUCCUGAUAAACUAUACCUGGUAUCAUAUUGGCACUCGGGUGGUGCUACCCAUGUGAAUAUCAUAGAAGAAGUAAAAUUGCUACUUGCAGAGAUAAGUACUACGGUGGUGGCAGAGGAAAAUAGGGAUUUACCAACAAGUCGGUACGUUUCAAAAGUGUUAGAGAUGCCAUUACCUCCUAUUGAUAUGUUCACCACAUGUGUGUGUAAUCAUACAACUGAUCCCUUUGUCAACCUUUUCUUGGAGUCAGAGGAUAAAGAGAUGUUUGAAUUAGAAGUUGGUACAUUAUCUCUUACGGAAAUAACUGACUUGCCGUUAUUAGUAAAUCCACUUUUUUCACAACCUCCCCUUCAGCGGAUGGGAAGCGCAGCUGGAGGAAAGGUUACUGUGAUGUUUGUAGGUGAAACUGAAAAUGGUAUGACACUUCAUAUUAAUGCGCUACAGAUUACCUGCGCCAAUAUUUGGUUUGUCGUAAAAUGUUUACACACUACUAAGAAUGAGAUGCCAGAUGCGCUGCGUCGUUAUAUUGAAUUCAUUAUUGACGGAUUCUCAUUCUCCGUCGUUGCGUAA